UUGUCUCACUGUGUCGGGACCAACCCGCUGGGUCCCCCUGGGCCUUGGAGGUCGGGGGGGCCCUGCAAGAUGAAGAGAGUCCGCACGGUCUUCAAACCAGAGCAGCUGGAGCGGCUGGAGCAGGAGUUCCUCAAGCAGCAGUACAUGGUGGGCACGGAGAGGGUGGACCUGGCUGCAACUCUGCAUCUCACAGAGACCCAGGUCAAAGUCUGGUUCCAGAACCGGAGGAUCAAGUGGAGGAAGCAGAGCAUGGAGCAGAAGGCGGCAAAGCUGUCGCAGUUCGGGGUGAUCCAGCCUGCGAGCGCCGACUCCACCGGCAGCAAGGACCACGAGGAGGACCCCGUGGACGUGGAGCUUUGAGCAGCCGAGGGGACCAGGCUGCUUUUUGAUGCCUGGGGACUUGUCUGGGCUGCUCUGGUCCAAGUGAGACUGAUCUGAGAGCUGGAGCCACAGGACUAACUGCAGCUGGCUGGAAGGAACCUCCUGCAUUUCUUUGGUUGAAUUUCUUUGGCUGCUGUUUGGUAGCCAAGUGCUGUAAUUCCUGGGUCUUCAUCACUUGGCAGGUGAUCUGUUUGCUCAUGAAGCACCAGGACACACAAACAGUUUCCAGCAGAAAGCCUGGGGUGACAGUCGGGGUGUCUCUGGUGCUGGGGUGAGAUUCAGAGUGACUGAUACUGGGGUGACAAUCAGAGGGCGAUUCUGAUGUUGGCGUGACAAUCUGCUGGUUUCUCUGGUGUGGGGGUGACAGAGGGUUACUCUGAAGCUCGGGUGACAGUGUCUCUGGUGCUGGGGUGACAAUCAGAGGGUGAUUUUGAGAUGACAAUCAGAGAGUCUGAUGCUGGGCAGGCAAUGGGAUCUGUCUCUGAUGGCUCUGAGCACAAGGGCAUUUAAAACCAGGGUCACUCAUGUUAUGUGUGGCUGUGUGCCCUGAUCGCUUCUUCCUCUCGACUCCUAUGUUUGAUGCUCAGGUCAACCACAACCAGAACACCCCAACGGGCUGCCACACUGGACUGCUGGA